AUGGUCCUACCCACCCAAAUCACACCAUCCAAAAAGGGCACAGAAGCUGGUCAGACGACUGGCAAUACCAGCAAACCACUAAACUGGGCAUCAGCGACGUCUGUUGUUGACUGGUCAACUCCUAGGAAGGCCAGCGGGCUCAGCGACCACUUGAAGCUAUUCACAGAGCUUAGUCCAGACGACAAUACUCGACGACUGCUGUUCAGAAAGGUGAAAAAGGCAUUCAGCGAGCAGGCCUAUCACUUGGCCACAUCUCGGCACCAAGUUCGAGUUCUGGAGGCCAAGGUCGAGCGCAUGAGGCCCAGGAAAAAGAAAAGUGUACCAACAGACCCAAACACCAGGUUCGCGAGCAUCUGGAAUAUACAGAAGGCUCAGGAGGACUCUGGCGACCGUCUAAUUAGUCCUCAUCGACUCGCAGGGGUCGAAUUACCUAGUGAUAACAAUGACUGUAUCAUUGUGGCAGUGGAAGGUAGUUGA